AUGAGUUCACUUAUCCGUUCAAAUUCCAUAACCAAGAUUUGUGGGUUGCAAACCCUUGAAGCAGCUCAAAUAGCUAUUGACAGCAAAGCUGACUUACUUGGAGUCAUUUGCGUACCCAAUAGAAAACGAACCGUUGACGCAAAAGUUGCACAAGACAUAUCAGCUCUGGUGAGAACCGAACGUCUCAAAGUAAAGUCAAAGGAGGGCCCUUAUUUGGUUGGCGUCUUCCGCAACCAGAGCGUUGAAGAAGUUAAAAGGUUGAAAGAUGAGUACUGCUUAGACAUCGUACAGCUGCACGGAAAUGAGGAUUGGAAACAAUAUUGCAAAGAAUUAGGUGACGUUACGAUAAUCAAGCGCUUCAUCUUCCCCGAUGAUUGUGCUAAGGUACUAGAGAUUACAAAUAUGGGUAGUGCGCCUUGUGUGGCGCUGUUUGAUUCAGAAGCCGGCGGAACCGGUGAAAAGUUAGACUGGAACCGGAUCUCUCAAUGGAGUCGAGAAUCAGGUGCCAACUUCAUCCUUGCUGGCGGCUUAACGCCGGACAAUGUCAAAAUUGCGUCACAAUUGCCUGGAGUACGGGGUGUCGACGUGAGUGGAGGUGUUGAAACGAAUGGAAAGAAAGACGCCAACAAAAUCAAGCAAUUUCUUCAGCAGGCAUUCCAAGCUUAA